AUGAGUGGCCAAGUCUCUCUUUACUGUUUUCUUUUUUUCUUUUUUGAAUUUUCUUUCUUUUUUCUUUCCUUCUUUCUUUCUUUCUUUCUUUCUUUCUUUCUUUCAAUGAUUCUAUCUUUUCUACUUUUUUAUAUCUAUCUAUCUAUCUACUCGAAACAUUAUUUAUUUGUUCAUCUAUUUAUUUAUCAGUCUUGGAAACAUUUCAAAUUUGUUAUCUAUUUAUUUAUCAGUAUAUAUAUCUAUCUAUCUAUCUAUCUAUCUAUCGAAACAUUAUUUAUUUGUUAUCUAUUUAUCUGUCUACUGGAAACAUUAAACUCAAAUCGUUAUCUAUCUAUCUAUUAUCUAUCUAUCUAUCUAUCUAUCUAUCGAAACAUUAUUUAUUUGUUAUCUAUUUAUCUGUCUACUGGAAACAUUAAACUCAAAUCGUUAUCUAUCUAUCUAUCUAUCUAUCUAUCUAUCUACUCGAAACAUUAUUUAAUCAUUUAUCUGUCUACUGGAAACAUUAAACUCAAAUCGUUAUCUAUCUAUCUAUCUAUCUAUCUAUCUAUCUAUCUAUCUAUCUAUCUAUCCAACUGA